CUGCAUGGCACAUGGGUACAAGUUCUACGAGAGCUCCCUUUCUCACCUAGUAGACUCGCUAGUCCAGCUACCUGACGUGCCAUGGAAACAGAUACAGCGCAUUAUUGCUCUGUGUCCACGGGUAGACAUGUCUCCCUGUACCGUCUCUCUUAGACAACACAUUGCUGUGUGCGCUUCAGCAAGCUACUUGACGCGGUCAGGAGGGAGCCACCAUGACAAACUUGGGAUCUACUUUAUCUCCCUUGUCAAGUGUAUUCCUAAACUUCACUGGAACUUGUCCAAAAACCAGAUAAAGCUAGAGGAGGAGUAUGUAGCGUUCCUGCUGUGCAGUAAGAUAUGUAACACUCUGUUACAAGUAAACCAGAACAAGGAACAAGUCUACUCGUCUCUUACUGAGUGUAUACAGACACUACUCGGCACUGUCCUCAACAUUGACCUGGUAAAGGAGGGAGACAGUGAGAAGUUGCUGAAUUUCUCAGCCCCUUCUCUUCUGGGCCUGAUUGACGGUAUGGGCAAAUAUCUUCAAGAUAAUCCAGGAUCAGUAUGUGAGCAGAUAAUCUCCCUAACAACCUCCUCCCUUCUGAACUUGCUAAGAAGUGACGAGUUCACUAUCUUAGCAGACACGUGGCUCUCUAUUUCCAGGUCUCAUCCUCCGCAUCCUAUGGAGACACUCCCUCACAAGCUCCUUAAUAAACUUCUUCAGCUCUUCAGAACUCAGAUCGAUUCGAUUGAAGACAAAGAUCUGCUUUUGAGCAUAUUCACAGCUAUUCAAGCUUUUAUUGAUGUUGAAAAUGCUCGGAUGUAUCCAAAGUUCAAGCAACAAAAUAUAGUAUCUCGGUCAAGUUGUGUGAGUACAGCUGCUAUCUCGGCUCUGUGUGAGUGUCUGGACGUGACAACACUGCUUAUAACCGAGACAUUUGUUUAUCAGCACUAUCAGAAACUGAACAACCUCUUCAACACCUCUGUUAACCUCAAAACUCCUGAUCUUCUGCGAGUUCCUCUUCGAGUAAGCUGUGUAAAGAACAUAGGUCUGUUAACCAACAGGUUCCCUCUCUUUGUAGACGACGCUAUGGAGAUCUACAAACAGAUGCUGUUUGGUCCGAGUACCAACUUAUCACUGUUACACAUUGCUAGCUGUCUUGAGCCCGUCUCUAGGUCAACUGCUGAUCAUCAGUCUUCUAACUUCCAGGCAAUAUCGCUACUCCGAUUUGUCCAUACGAAGAUCAAGGUUCCCCAGAGAACAGCCUACAUGCGACGCAGUAACCGUCCCAAAGCAGAGAACGUGUACACGACGAGUCUAGAUACCCUUCGUAAAGCGAUAAUAUCUAGUUUAAUAUCGGUCAUAUCAGCUGUUCAUGAGACAAAUCAUCAGCUAUGUCAAGGUUUUCUGUCGAGUGCCAGCAACCAGUUGCUGAUAAUUGGAGACCAAGACAAUCAGCUUGUUAUCUCCAAUAAUGCUGUCAGAGUACUUGGUGCUAUCGCUACUAAUCUCUCUGAUUUUGAGACGGUGAAGAUGGUGAUACAAAUAUUCCGACACAAGAUUUGUAACCCACCCUCCCAUCUGGACACCCAAAUGAUAAAGCAACUAGGUGACAUACUGCUGUACGGUAAUGAUAAGAGCUAUUCUGAGGUGCUGUCUCUUUUCAUGCACAUCUCUAGCAAGGCCUUCCCUGAGUCUAAAUCCAACAAGGACACAUCAGAACACCACGGAUUCAGACACUGCUCCUUCACGGUGAUCCGCACUCUGGAGAAAGUGUGCUCCAAGUUAGACAACCCCCAGAGACUACAGGACCUGAUACCCUGGCUGCUGGAGGUGUUCGUGCAGCGGAGUCUCGAGAUGCAGAAAGUGUGUGAGAGGGAGAAGUCUACGCUCAAAGAUCAGGCUGGAAAUCUGGGUGUACUAUUACCAGUGUUUGCGAUACUAAUGGGACGUAUAAAGAGAGUGGAGACAGUCAACACCAGGGUACAGAGACUCUUCAGGGACUUCUGGCAGAUCUGUGUGGUCAUGAACUUCGUUACUAGAGGACUGGGUCAGUACACGGAGGAGUGGUAUGCAGGAGUAGAAGCAGUAGCCUGCAAGACACCCCUCAUGUCCUCAAUGGGAGCUGACACAUUCCUCCAGCACGAUCUCCAGUACAACUCUGCUCUGAAGCUGGAGGGUAUAGCGCAGGAGGGCGAGUUCAGGGUGGCUAUCAGUGAGCAUCUACACGCUCCGGAACUAAAUGCUAUCAUCUACAGGAUGAACUAUGGGCAGUGCACAUUCUUCCUAUCAGCCUACCAUAUCGAGCUGAUGAGAGUCUCCCAGCCUAACUACACUUGCUACCACCUCUUUCACUAUUUACAGGACAAGGGAAUCCAGAAGGAUAAGUCGGGUAUAUACUCCUGCUUUGAGCACAUGUGCACACACAUGUUCCAGCUACAUAUUGAUCACGUCACACAACAGUCACGUGACGAGGGAAGACAAGCCCACCUUGAGAACCUGGUCCAGUUCCUACUGGUAAAGUUUAACCACUGUGUUAAGAGAAUAAGACUCACUGCUGACAAGUGGCUUAGUAAGCUGAUAGACAAGUUCAACCAUUUGCUGUGGAGUGAGGAAGUACUGAAGUGUCUUACCCACCUUACUCAGGAGCUAGUGAAGGCGGUUAAGAACACCACAUCAGAGCAAGGUAUCAUUAGGGAGGUGUCUGUACCUUACGAGCCGGGUACAAUGAACAUUGCGGAGGAAAACCAAGAGAGACAGAACAUGCUCAAUGACUUCUCUAAACGAUUCGCUGCUAUUCUGAAGGAGUCAGUGAAAUUUGCGCCGCUUGAAAAGCUGGAGAAACUACAAGAUUAUGAAGAUCAGUUGAAGAGCUCUAUUAAAGGACUGAACAUCUCACUAGAGGAUAUGAACAUUCCGAUGGACAGGAAGAUGGAACACAAACUGUAUUACAACGCUUCCCUGAACAGUGCUACAAACCGCAGCAAGUUUUACGGUCACAUUGAGGGGAUGAAGAGUUUGGUAACUUUUCAAGGAGCAGAUUUUGAUUUUGUCGGCAUGGUUCUCAAAAAGAUGGAGCAAGCUCUCACUGAAUGGAAACAGAAUCCAACUGGCUCUAUUGAGGCUAUCGAGGCGGCUGUAAACCACACAGCAGCAUUCCUGAUAUGUGAGGAGAAGUUAAACAGGAAGGCACUCCGAGCGCUCUGUUGGGUUCCUGUAACCUGCUUCACUAAGGAGUCCGUCAGGAUCGCAGCUAACUGUUGGGAGUGGACGGUAUCUAAACGUCCUGAGUUUGAAACUCAGCUGCUGAUGGAGAAUAUAGCUGCUUGGAAAUGGACCGUAAAUCACCGUAUUGGACUGUUCUCCCCAACAGUACCGUGUAAGAGACCGGUAGUUACAGACAAUAAACUACAAGAACUCUCCUCUCUGGCGCCUAACUGUGAACCUCAUAGAUUGUGGAUACGUUUCCUAACCCAGCGUUUCGAGGUAAUAAAGUACAAGUCAGCGAAGCAGGUGGAGUUGUUCACCUCUCUGUUCCACACCACCCUGCCCCUCACCGCUCACAACACUUCCAUCCUCUCUAACCACGUCUCCGCUAUCGGACCCAGAUUCGAGUUCCUCCAUCUGGGACUGCUUCUACUUCAGAAUGAUAUAAUCAGAGGAAGCGCGGCAACUAACAAGCCGCGAGAAAGAAACGAAUGGGUUUUACUUGACCUUCAUGACUUUAACGAGCUGAAUCAGAGUAUCCUCCGAGAGCGGUUGUACACUGCUAUAUUGGACUACUUCUGCGUGCCCACCCAGUGGCCAUGUUACACCACUGCGGAGUGUCUCACUGAUGUUGGAGUGCUUAAUAAAUUCUGGGACACUCUCUUCCACGAUAAGAAGUAUUUAAAGAGUAUCCUGGUUCCCACUACAAUAUCUCCUGACUCUAUCCAGAUGACCAACGGUAUGCUGGGGCCCAACAUGUACAAUAUAGAUGGAACGAACAGCCCCUCAUCCCGUUCCAGAAGCUUAAGUGUAGAGAGAUCUAAAGCAAACAGUGUCGUUAUGAAGAAAACAAGCAAGUCCGCUAGUUUCGGGUCCCUCCGACGCCCGGUGGAACCACUGAUUGAGGGCGCUGGUCCCACACUGUCCAGUUUCCGAGAGCACUGCAGUGAGAACGCCCCCUCCACCAGAUCCUCCCUGGUGGUGCCUGGAAGACAACCCUCCCUGCACAGCCGUGCUGUGAUGGGAGACUAUAAGAGUAAGUAUCACCUGAAGAAGAGGAACCUGAUUCUGUUCCUGAUCCACCACGAGAUAGAGAGACUCUACACAUGGGCGCAACCUCUAUCUGAUAGCGCUCCCAGUGACGAGAAAAAGACCAACUUUGUUUACAAGAACUUCUCGGAGAAAUCGUGGAAUGACUACAUGCAUCUAGCCUGGACAUGCCAUCCCAAGGUCGCCCUCUCUCUAGCUCUUAGAGUCAGAAGUUCGGACUCUAUAUACAGAUCUAUCCGGCUGUUUGUAAAGAGUGCCCCUGCUAACUUCUACGACUGUGUGGAGGCGCUCCCCUUCAUAGCAACUCCCCAGAAUGUUAAACACGAUCUACCUCAACUGGUCCACAUGUUAGCCUGGACCCCCGCCUCCCCCCUCGAAGUCCUCACUUACUUUUCUAAAGAGUACCAGGAGAACCCAAUAACUGGGAUGUACGCCCUACAAAGUAUACAGAGCUACCCCUGUGAGACCCUGCUGUUCCUGGUUCCCCAGAUAGUACAGGCUAUACGACACGACGCGUACGGCUACGUACGCCAGAUCAUCUACUGGAUUGCCACCUUGUCACCUAUCGUAACCCACCAAGUUAUCUGGAACAUGAAGACUAACAUGUUCCUCGAUGAGGAGGCUGAACAAAUCGAUCCAAUAAUUGGGAGCACGUUGAACGAGUAUAUCCAGGACAUUAAGAGUACUAUGAGCGGCAGCUUCUUAGAAUUCUACAACAGAGAGUUUGAUUUCUUCGACUCUGUCACUGAAGUCUCUUCUAUUAUCAAACCCUACCCCAAGGGCCCGGAGCGUAACGCGGAGUGUCUGCGGGCUUUAAAAGACAUAAAACCGAACAGAUUCGGCACAUACCUGCCCAGUAACCCUGACUCUGUUAUUAUUGGUAUCGACUACACCUCUGGUAAACCUAUGCAGAGCGCUGCUAAGGCUCCCUUCCUCGCCACCUUCAUCGUCAAGGACUGUCCGGUGACGGAGAUGCAAUCAUUUGAUGCUAAGAAAGCAAAUCUACACGUGGGAGUGACCAGGAAGUCCUGUAUCUUCAAAGAGGGAGACGAUUUGAGACAGGAUAUCCUGGCGCUGCAAAUAAUAGAGUUCUUCCUCAAGGCGUUCCAAUCUAUAGGCAUGGAAGUGUACCUGAAACCGUACCGAGUGGUGGCUACUGCUCCUGGGUCAGGUGUUAUUGAGGUGGUACCUGACUCUAAAACUAGAGAUGAACUCGGCAAGAAGACUGACGAGACUCUAUAUCAUCACUUCAUCAAGACGUACGGUGACGAGAACUCAGUUGGUUUCCAGAACGCCCGAGAGAACUUUGUGAAGAGUAUGGCGGGUUAUAGUAUAGUCACGUGGUUGCUGCAGAUAAAGGACAGGCACAAUGGAAACAUUAUGAUAAGCAACACCGGGCACAUCAUUCACAUUGACUUUGGGUUCCUGUUUGAGAGCUCGCCUGGUGGGAACAUGGGAUUUGAACCUGAUAUCAAGCUGACGGAGGAAAUGAUUCAGAUCAUGGGGGGUUCUGAGUCAGCGCCCUUCAAGCGGUUCUCAGAGCUAGUAGUGCGCGGCUUUCUGGCGGUCCGGCCGUACUGUGAAGCUAUCUGCACCCUUGUUUCUCUUAUGAUGGGCACCAACUUACCCUGCUUUAGGGAUGACGCUCUCAGGAAACUGAGGAACAGGUUCCAGCCCCAUUUCUCGGACAGAGACGCGGCAAACCAUGCCAAGAAGAUGAUCCGGGACAAUCUGCUGAACAAGAGAACUGUUAUCUACGAUAAGAUUCAGUACUACCAGAACGAGAUUGCUCACUGAGACAAUGUAUUGGGAGGUUCAUGAUAUUACUUACUAAGAUCUGUAGUAGUUACUAGAUCUAGUUACUAAGAUCAUUGAGAACUUAAUUGGGCAUUUAUUAUUCGCUUGGUAGGUUCUUGGCUGGUUUUGUGAAAGUUUAUUAAGUUUAUUUUUUGUUCGGUUAUAUUUAGAGAAAACUUUCGGUAAGGUUACGUAGUAAAUAGGAUUGUUAAAUGUUGUUGAUUGAAAAUACUGUGAAUGUUUAUUUUCUUAGUGAUAAAAUUGAUUUUUGCUUGAUUUGGACUUACUUUCGAUUCUGAUUUGUUCAUGUUUUUCUGUUGUCAAAAUAUUGUUAAUAUUUCUGUUUACAAUAAUUGAAUAAUUGUUUCUUUGGAU